UGGCUCGCGGCUUCGACGGUCAUGAGACAAGCGCCCAGGCGACCUCGAAUGGCCUCGACUUUCAACGGCAGGACAGAUAAGGCAUUUCACGCGCCACGUUCUCACGAUUUCCUAAAUCUUUCCCAGACGAUUGAAUCAGCGGAAAUAUUCUGUCGUUACAAGCUCGCUCGACACAGGGCAGGGUCACGUAUCCAGCGGGCUGCUGGCCUCCAUCAUCUUCCCGCUCACCGAGCAAUUCCUAUUUGCCAACCACGACGUCGUCACCCGCCUUCCCCAGUCCAUGAGCCGUGUCCCAAGGCCUAGUUAGAGUAACAAUCCACCAUUCUGCGAAUUGUCGGCAUGCACAUCUCCGCCCUGAUGCGCAUCUACUGUACUGUGUAGAAAAGGCAUCGUGAGAAUGGGUCGUUAUCAAUGUACGUACUCCGUACUUGCCGUGGAUCACAACCCGACCGUUUCCGCCAUGGUGCAAAAAACCGU